AUGGAGUCAUUAGAUGAUAGUAUAUUAAGACACUCAAAAAUGUCUAUAUCUGGUUUGAGAAUACAGUCAAUUGUUAUUUGUAUUACUUUUUCAAUUGUUCACUUUUUUGAAUAUAACUUAAUAUGGCAUAAAAGUUAUGGAAUUAUAAAUUGUAAUAAAUCAAUAUCAAUAUUAUCUUUGGAUUCAAAAUAUUUUUCACUUUAUUCAAAUUUACACUACUCUGAAUAUCCAAAUUAUUUUUCAUGUCACUUCUCUGUAGCUCCAUAUUUUUAUAUGAUAAGUUAUUUUAUUGGUUGCCAAAUAUCACUUAUAUUUUCAUUUUGGAAAUCAUUAAAUUUUUCACCAAAAAAAUGUUUCACAAUAGGUUGUUUGUUUUCUUUAAUCUUUAUGGAAUUACUUUCUCUUGUAUCUUUUUAUUGGAUAUCCAUAUUACUUAAGUUUUUUCUGGGAAUAAGUAAUGGAUUUAUAAUUCAAUAUGGUAUUAUAUUAAUGAUGGAUUGGUCACAUCCAAAAUAUGUUGGUUUCAGGGCAAAUUGUAUUAUUGGUAGUAAGAUAAUUUCAUUAAUUUUUCUGAUUACAUCUAUAAAAUUUCAAAUAUCUAUGAAAGUUACAUAUUUUAUGAUGUCAAUCUUAUUUGUUUUUCUCAUAUUCUUCCAAAUAAUAUUUGUAAAAGAAUCAAGAAGUUACUUGAAAUUGAACAAAAAUUACGACUUAUUAAUUCAUUAUCUUAGAUCAUUGGCAAGAAAAGUAGAUUAUCAUGGUGAGGCAAUCACCGAAAACAAUAUAAAUAAAUUAAAUAGAUACUUUUUUCAAUCUCCACAACAAACAAAUGAUGAUUUAAAAAAUGAAUGUGAAAGGAAUGACAAUGAAGAAAUUGAAAGAAUAACUAAAUCAAAUAGCAAUAAAAGGAUAAAAAAUUCUUAUAAAAAAUAUUUUUAUAUUUCUAUUACUUUCUUAUCAAACUUUUUUGUUUCUUUUAUAAUUCAAAAUGAGACAUUAGGUCAGUCUGAUAUAAGAAAAGAAAAUGGUGAUUUAAAUAAUUUCCAAAAUCAAGAUAAAUUGUGUUUAUAUGAAAGUAAUAAAAGAUAUAUACUUAUAACAGUUGCAUUAACUUUUUCUUUUUUGUUUGGCAUUAUAUUUACAAAGAGACCUUCAAUAAUAUUAACAAUAACUUUUAUAUUACAAAUUAUUAUGUCCAGUUUGAUAACCUUUCAAUGGUUUAACAAUUCUAAGGAUGGCGUUAAAAUAUUUUAUAUGCUAAUAAUAGCUUUUUCUGUAGUAAUUGAUCACUUCUUACAACUUCUUCUAUUCCAAAAUGUUGAUACAAACGAAAACUAUGAAACUGAAUAUGGUAGUAUAAUUCACAACAGAUUUAACCAAGAAAGUGAUCAUGACAGAAUAACUAGAAAGGAAGUUUACAGUUUUUAUAACAAUCUUACACUUCAACCACCUUUUAAAUGGAAUUUCUUCCAAUUUUCUCAAAUUGUUAUAUGCUUUGCUAGAGUUCUAGCAUCCAUUGGAAUAUUUAUGAUUUUCUAUAAAACUAGAAUGACAGAUAUACCAAGCAACCAAAUUACAGAGUAUUCUAUAUCUGAUAUUUAUCAAGCAAAUGACAGUAACAUAGUACCAAGUUUACACAAACAAACAACCGACACAGAACAUUGGGUAAAAAUUUCACAAGAAACUCCAAGUACCUGUAAUCAUCUGAUUUAUUCAAUAUUAAAAAAAGUUGAAAAAAACGGGAAAUUCAAAAGUAAUGAAAUUCUUAUGAAUAUAUAUCUUUCAAUAAUGAUAACAUACUUGACAAUAUUCUUCUUUGCAAAUCGGAUAAGAAAAACAAGAAUUUUUGCUGUUUGUGAUGGAGAUACUGUGUAG